AUGUCCUCUGUGCUUGUGUCUUCCCCUGUUAUCUUCCCUCUCUCCAAUUCCAAGUCCAAAUCCAGUCUUUGGAGUCCCUCACGAAGAACAAUCUCUCAACUUUCGGUCAACAAUGGUGAUGACAUCAUUGAUUCUUCUUCAAAAACUCCAAGAUUGAUCACCUUCUUAGGCAAAGGCGGCUCCGGCAAGACCAUCUCCUCUGUUUUCGCUGCCCAGCAUUAUGCAAUGGCUGGACUCAGCACAUGCUUAGUGUUACAAGGACAGGAUCGCACUGCUGACUGUCUUCUCAAUUGUAAGAUCGACUCCUCUCCUACUCUAUGCACCCGCAACCUUUCUGUUGUUAGGCUGGAAACUACUAAAAUGCUUCUUGAACCUCUAAAUGAGCUGAAGAAAGCAGAUGGCCGUCUUAAUUUGACACAAGGAGUUCUGGAAGGGGUUGUUGGAGAAGAGCUUGGGGUGCUUCCCGGAAUGGAUUCUAUCUUUUCACUACUUGCACUUGUGAGGCUUCUGGGUUUAUUCGGGAAACGGGCUCGGAAGAACCAUCAAAACGAUAAAUUUGACAUUAUCAUAUAUGAUGGUAUCAGCACCGAAGAAACCCUAAGAAUGAUAGGUGCAAGCAGUAAAGCAAGACUCUACUUGAAGUACCUGCGGAGCAUGGCUGAGAAAACUGACCUUGGGAGAUUGGCUGGUCCUUCACUCCUGAGACUCGUAGAUGAAGCUAUGGGCAUAAGUGGUAACCCAUCCCAACUCACUGGAACAAUCAGUGCUGAAAUAUGGGACAGUCUAGAACGAAUUCUUGAGAGAGGAUCUUCAGGAUCUUAUCAAUUUGGGUGCUUUCUUGUGAUGAAUCCAAACAUUUCAAUAUCAAUCAGUUCAGCAUUACGUUUCUGGGGUUGUGCAAUCCAAGCUGAUACACAGGUGGGUGGUGCAUUUGCCAUUCCUACCCAUCAUUUGGAUGUUGAAUCAGUGGAAAAUCUGAAGAAGAAUUUGUAUCCCUUGCCUUUUGCUUGUAUUCCGAAUCUUGCAGUGGAUUCCCCUCAAGAUUGGAAUGCCAUCAUGAUGAACAAUAGCGUGGAGGGUGCAAGGGGUCUUCUUUCUUUGCCAGCAAGCCAGAAGGUUUCAUCUGUGAUUUUUGACACAGCAAAGAAAACAGCAACCCUUCUCAUGCCAGGUUUCGAGAAGUCAGACAUCAAGCUAUAUCAAUAUAGAGGAGGAUCAGAGUUGCUGGUGGAAGCGGGGGACCAAAGACGAGUCAUUUCUCUCCCACCACAAAUGCAAGGUAAGGUAGGAGGCGCCAAGUUCAUUGAAAGAAGUCUUGUAAUCACUAUUCGAUAAAUGCUUUCUGAUCAAAAUUUUCCACAUUUGAGUGUCUUCUUGAAACGAUAGUGAUCAAAUUUUAUUUUGAUGGGUAUCCCUUCAAAUUGGACUCUUUAAUAA